ACUAGUGUUUGUAGUAUGGAUGACUGGUGGGAACAUUGUUUUGGUAAUUUUGGAGAGGAUAUGGUGAGUUUAAUUACCAUGUGUUGGGCUAUGUGCGGUGUAAGGAACAAAUGGAUGAUUGAGGGUGAAAAUCCGAAUGUUGAGAAAAUUGUUGCCUAUGCUUUGAAGAUUAAAGGUGGGAAAGUUGAAUAACAUGGGGAAUGGAGGGGUGGAAAGAGUGUCUCUGUGGGCAGGUCUCCGUCCUCCGGCAUCUGGUGUGGUUAAAAUUAUUGUUGAUGCUGGUGUUUUGGGGAGGUGGGGACGGGGCUGGGUGCAGUCUACAGGAAUAGUGAGGGGGUGGUGCUUUGGAGAGCUACGGUGUAGUGGAGUGAAAAAUGAGAGACUAAGAUUGCAGAGGUGAAAGCGGUAUUUUGGGGCAUGAAGAUUGCGAGACACAAGGGUAUGAGCUGCAUUGGGAUCGAUAGUGAUACUCUGGCGGUGAUUGAGGCAAUGAGGAAGCAUUUGUAUGGCUCCAAUUCCUUUCAUCUGAUUAUAAAGGAUAUUCUAGAUUUUUUUUUUUCCGUCUAAUUUUACUAGUGAUUCAUGGUUUUUUGUAAAGCGAUGGGGUAAAUGUAGCACACAAAUUGACUUACUUUCAACCAUGGGAGUUUGGCCAAUGGGUGUGGAGUGAUGUAAUCCCUCCUCGCAUUUUGGAAAUUUCUUCAGUUGAUCUAGAUGGGUUUUUUUUUCAAAAAAAAAAAAAAAAAGUAUUAAAGUUGGUCACUUCUAAAGUUAUUCACUAAUAAUUUUCUGUUUUAUACAGAACACUAACCAACUCAUACAAUUAACUAACUCAUACAAUUCUACACUUGCUAGUCUGCAACUGUAUUUAUAAUAAAAUGUAUGUGACCGUCAGCUAAUGUUAAAACCGCAAAGGUAACACUACCUAUACAAUUGCAUAGUUCACACUUCACAUGACACAAUUAAUUUGCCCAUAAUGGCCACGACAAAAGAGUCAUCCUAACCACAUUUUUUUUUAUGAAACCUCAUCCUAACCACAUUUAAGACAUGAUAACUUGUAAUUGACUUAUGUUAUCAUACUCUCCUUUCGUUUGUUGUAAACUCAUUUUAAUUAAUGUAAUUUCAGCCGUUUUCAAAAUAAAAAUAAAAAAAAAACUUACAAACAAAUUAUAUAAGUUUUGGUGUGUGAAUAUAGUAUUUGAGAAAUGGAAGUGUAAAGUUAAACUAAUACUCCGUACUUUUUAAAACAAGUUUACUCAGCCCAUUUAUUUAUUAGACGAAUCUAACCCAUUAAUAACUGUGGCGGGUCAUGGGUCAUGGCUUUUAAUAGGGAUCCAAGGCGUCCAACCCAUUGAAUUGCUCUAUUGAAGCGCAAUCAACGUUCUCCAUUGAAGCGCAGUUGCCGUUCUCCGUUGAAUCUAGCUAUUGUAUCCCCCAUUGAAGCAGCUUCUGAGGAUUUUGUUCAUAACCCUUUGAUGCUAGGACGGAACUAUGAAAAUGGAUCUUUUCUCCCGGGGACGGCCUCCCAUCGUGCCCUGGCUCAGGGACAGGCCUGCCAAGAAAUCGGAUACAUACACAUUGAUCAAAACGAAUUUUCAUAUAGGAAGCACAAGAAGCAGAAAGAGGAAGAUAUUGUCAUUUGUGAAUGCAAAUUCAAUCCUAGUGACCCUGAGAGUGCUUGUGGUGAUGGAUGUCUGAAUGUACAUACCAGUACAGAGUGCACUCCUGGUUAUUGCCCUUGUGGUGUAGUUUGUAAGAAUCAGAAGUUUCAGAAAUGUGAAUAUGCAAAAACCAAGUUAUUCACAACCAAUGGUCGUGGAUGGGGUCUUCUUGCUGAUGAGGAAAUUAAGGCUGGACAGCUCAUCAUUGAAUAUUGUGGUGAAGUAAUCUCAUGGAAAGAAGCUAAGAGUAGAGCUCAAGCUUAUGAAACCCAAGGUCUCAAGGAUGCAUACAUUAUAUCUCUUAAUGCCUUCGAAUCUAUUGAUGCAACUAGGAAGGGAAGCUUCGCUAGAUUCAUCAAUCAUUCAUGUCAUCCAAAUUGUGAAACAAGGAAGUGGACAGUGUUGGGGGAAAUAAGGGUUGGCAUAUUUGCAAAGCACGAUAUUUCAGUUGGAACUGAACUAGCAUAUGAUUACAACUUUGAAUGGUAUGGUGGUGCAAAGGUGCGCUGUCUCUGUGGUGCUGCUAGUUGUUCUGGAUUUCUCGGGGCAAAAUCCCGUGGUUUUCAGGAAGACACAUAUCUGUGGGAAGAUGAUGAUGACAGAUACUCCGUUGAGAAAAUUCCUCUGUAUGACUCAGCUGAAGAUGAAGCUUCAAUGCAAACGGUUACAAGUACAAACUCCUCCAAAAUUGAAUUUAUGAUGGAUGCUGAUCAUAUAAUUGAUUCUACUCUGCUGAAUAUUGAUCCACUUGCUUCUCUUCCAGCAAAUGGUCUUGCAUCCAUCUCCCGAAACUAUCCUCUACCUAAGAAGAAGCUAAAACGUGUGCCCAAGGGAAAGUCUAAAAAUUUGGCACAAAAGGAAUUUAAUGCUAAGUAUGUUGUCUCCCUUCUAGAAGCAAAAGAAGCACAACAAGAGAUCCUGAUGUAUGAGGAAAUGAAAACUGAUGCAAGCUCCAAUCUUGAAUCUUUGUACAAUGAAAUAAGACCAGCUAUUGAAGAACAUGAAAGAGACACACAAGAUAGUGUACCAACAAGUGUAGCAGAGAAGUGGAUAGAUGCAAGCUGCGUAAAAUUGAAAUCCGAAUUUGAUCUGUAUUUCUCUAUCACUAAGAAUGUCGUUUGCGCUCCAAAGAAGUCUCGUGACGUCAGGCAACCAGGUAGCAAUAUGGAAAACGGAGUUAUGCUAUUGACUAAUCAAUGAUAUCAUGCAUACUGUUAAUCUAACCUGUAGCUUCAAUUUUCACAUUAAAGUUGUAAAAACUAAAAAUGAGAAGUGAAUAGGAGGAGGAAUAGGUUUGCCAACGGUUGUAGUUGUAGGCAAUCUGACUUGUAUCCGUUGGAGUAGACACUAGACAAAUGUACAUUGCAAUUAUUCUUGUCCAGUAGAAUUAUUUUUUAAGGAAAAAUAGAGGAGGUUAGAAGUAUGAGAUGUAAGAUUUGUAAUUUUGUGUAGGAAGAAUUAGUAAAUUUAUCAAUUUGCUUGAUUGUUCAAGUUUUGGAACGA